AUGAAGAGCGUUGCCAUUGGCGUCUGUCCCGCGGACCCCACGCGCGUCCCGCCGGUUCCCGCCGCUCUGAGCCCCGCUGCGCGCGCUUCCAUUGUCCUUACGGCUGUGGGAGCCGGGACGCGUGUGCGCUGCCUCUGCUGAUGCCGAGGCUGCCUUUGCGCCCCCGUCUCACGGUGCGUCUCCCGCCCCAUGGAGCCGCCCGCGGGGGCCGCGGCGACCGAAAAGGAUCCUGCGCCCAAAGACGACCCCAAGGAUGCCAAGGUCUCGGCGCCAGUUGGGGACCCCCCGACCAGGACGUCGCCUCCGCAGAAAGCUGGACACGCGCUACAAAACUGGGACACCGUGGCCACAGUGGGCACCGGAACAUUCGGCCGCGUGAACUUGGUGAAGGAGAAGACAGGCAGGAGGUACUAUGCCUUGAAGAUUAUGAGCAUCCCGGAUGUCAUCCGCCUGAAGCAGGAGCAGCAUGUGCAGAAUGAGAAGGCAGUUCUGAAGGAAAUCAACCAUCCCUUCCUUGUUAAGCUGUUCUGGACUGGCCAUGACAACCGCUUCCUGUACAUGCUGAUGGAGUUCGUGCCUGGUGGUGAGCUGUUCACUUACCUGAGGAACCGUGGCCACUUCUCCUCAGUUGCAGCAAUCUUCUACUCCACAGAGAUCGUGUGUGCCAUCGAGUACCUGCACUCCAAAGAGAUCGUGUACAGGGACCUAAAGCCUGAAAAUAUCCUUCUAGAUAGGGAAGGGCACAUCAAACUCACUGACUUUGGCUUCUCGAAGAAGCUGGUGGAUAGGACAUGGACCCUCUGUGGAACACCGGAAUACCUUGCCCCAGAAGUCAUUCAGAGCAAAGGCCAUGGGAGAGCCGUGGACUGGUGGGCACUGGGCAUCCUUAUAUUCGAGAUGCUGUCUGGGUUUCCCCCAUUUUUUGAUGACAACCCAUUUGGGAUUUACCAGAAAAUCCUUGCGUGCAAAAUAGAUUUCCCCAGACACUUGGAUUUCACCUCUAAAGACCUGAUCAAGAAGUUGCUGGUGGUAGAUAGGACCCGGCGCCUGGGCAGCAUGAAGAACGGGGUAGAAGACAUCAAGCGGCACCUAUGGUUCCGGGGUGUGGAGUGGGAGUCAGUGCCACAGAAGAAACUCAAGCCACCCAUUGUACCCAAGUUAUCGGGUGAUGGCGACACCUCCAACUUUGAGACUUAUCCAGAGAGUGAGUGGGACAAGACCCCACCUGUGUCUGACAAAGAACUGGAAACGUUCAAAAAUUUCUGAGGAACGGGAACCCACAUCUGCAAGAAGCAUGAAGAAUUCCACGCAGUGCCGAGGACCAGAACCAUUUUUGUUGCUUGACUUUAUUUUCUUUCCUGAAAAACUAGAAGGAUUCGGUAUAUGUAUCCACUACCCAUUCAAGGCUAACGGGAUCAUUGCCCUCGGGACCCAGCCUCAUUUCAAAACUAGAAACCUGCCCGUUGGGAAGUUUGUAAAACCUGUUAAAUUGUAGAUUUUUUUCCCUUCUUUGUGAGUCUUGUGUUUGUGCUGUGUAGUUAUUGUUGUUGUUUCGCUACUGAAUUUUGUAAGUUUGAAUUUGACCCAUUUAAUUCUAGCUGUCACUGUGUAUGUGCACAGACAAUGUGCAAAACUGAUACUUUGAUAUGCCUGGGACAUGUUUAUUUUCCCAAGUUUUCUGAAAAAUCUGUCACCCUGCAGGCAAAAAAAGGGGGGGGGUGAGAUAUAUGCAUUUUUAAAAUGCUUUUCUAUGCAUUUUGCAGUCAUUUGUGUGCAUUGUUUGUUAGGUUUCUCUCUGGUCACUAUAAACUUGGAAGGCAGGAAGCCACAUGCCCUGCAGACCCUCUUUCAAAUAUGGCACAAACAGGUGACUUUCUGCAAUCUUCCAGUUUACACGUUUCCAGUAAAAUAUCCUUUCCUAAAAUUAAGCCAGAACUUUGUAUAAUGCAUUAACCACUUGGCAUCCUGGGUGCAAAGAUUGCCUUUUUAUGAUAAUACAAAUUUAUCCACAUUCCCAAAAGGGAACUUUAAGGAUCCACCCCUCAACUCCCUCCUCUGUUGUAAAUGACAUUUUCUUCCCACCAAACUCAAUCCUGUUCUUCCAGCCUUGUUCAUCUGUAAAAACUCAG